UAACAACACUCACCAUCAUUUUGUGUCAGUGGUAAUAGUAUUUGCGCUUCUCGCUGUUAUUUACAUGCCGUAAUAAGUUCUCUUUUAUAUAGAUAAGAAAGUAAACAUUAGGAAUUUACAAAAUUAAUUUUAGUUCUUUUGUCAAGCAUUAUUAAAAGACGGUAUUUGUUUUUAAAGUCAAAGAAUAAUUCAAAAUGGAUUCUAUACCUUUCCUCGUUGUAAUAUUUUUGUGUGAAAUCCUAUCAUCUCAAGCAAUUGCUUGGGAUGAAAACUGUCUGUCUCGUCCCGUACUAACUCGUAAUCAUCGCCGGCUUAAAGGCUUCACCUUCAACACAUUUCACUCUGCCAGUCUGGUAUCUUGUGGCUUGAAGUGUCAAAGAAACCCUCGAUGCGUUUCGACAAAUUUCCGCAAAGUUUCAAGUUUGGACGAAAGUAAAGGAGUUUGUGAGUUGAACGACAGAGGAGCAGUAUGGUCUAUCGAAGGAAAAGAGCUAGAGUACGAUGAAAAAUCAAUUUAUACCCAGUUUUACGACAUGAAGCACGACUGUCAGCUGACUGGCUGCUUGAAUGCAGGUUCAUGCGUGUUCACUGGAGGGUCUGAAGUUUUCAAAUGCAAGUGUGAGGAGGCCUGGAAUGGAAAUUAUUGCCGAGUGUGUACUCCAGUACCCCUCGGAAUGGAGAGCGGAGCUAUUCAUGACUCUCAAAUAAGCGCCUCGUCAACUUGGCGGGCAAAUCAUGCCGCCCAGCAGGCCAGGUUACAUUUCAAAGCUGGAGGGGGAAAGACUGGUAGCUGGUCAUCUCUGCUUAAUGACAAUAGUCAGUGGCUGCAGGUGGAUCUUCAACAAACGACAAGAAUAACAGGAAUAGCGACACAAGGAAGGAAUGCUUACAACCAGUGGGUUACACAAUACAAGCUGCAGUACGGUGAAGAUGGAUACACCUUCAAGUUUUACAGGCAAAAUGGAGAACAUUUAGAUACGGACAAGAACUAUGCAUGCAUUGGUGGACAUUUAUCGGUGAAGACUCUUCGGUCACUUUGUGAUGCUUAUCAUACGGAGCGUCCAGUCUCUGCUAAAUACAGUUUGCAUCUAGAGAUUUUCUGUAUCACUCAGCUAUUUCAAGGGAACACAGACAUGGACACAGUUGUUUAUCAUGACCUGAACCCGAUCAUCGAAGCUCGCUACAUUCGAGUUCGUCCGACGAAAUGGUAUGGACACAUAUCAAUGAGAAUGGAACUCUAUACUUGUUAAGGUAAGUUAAAGCCACUUGUGAUCUUUAAAACUGCAUAUUCAAUAACGAGGAGUUCGCUGAACUGAAUACAGACGCAAAAUUGAUCAGGCUUUGGAAUGAAGCCCCACGUGCAGGUUCCCAGGCUUUAUAGCUCCGACAAUUUUAAGCCCGCUUAUCUCUCCUCCCCCAAAUUUUGUACAGGACAUUGGUACAAAUCCCCGCGGAGGAGCUUCGGGAAGACAGCAAAUGCCCGACCCAUGGGACGAGGUCAAAAUUGACUUAAAUGAGAUUGAUGAAAGAAUUGUUCACAAAUAAAUGCAAGGGAAGUCUUGCCCGAAAGGCUUUGAAGACAUUUUCCCGCCAUCUUUGGUUUGCACAGAGAAGCAACAUUGCAAAUAUUUGCACAUCAAGGGGUGAGCUGAGGUUAUCUCAAAUGACACCAAUAACCAUUGCAAAUAGUGACACGGUGUUGAGCGGGAGAAAGCGUGGGAGAAAUUAGUUGAUAUUCUAAUUAUAUUCUGCCAAUUCAAAACUAAUUGAUGCAAUUUAUUUUCCGGCUUAUUACAGGUUGUCCGACACGCAUAACAAGGAUAAUAUAUAACUAAAAGUGAACCGUCACUGAAAUCAAGGGAACGUACUUGUGGUUUGGAAAGAAACAACAAAGACAAAGAUAAACCCUUUUCCUACCUUUCUUUCUCCUUCACUACAGGAUCAUAGUGGGACGCUGCAGGAGUCAGCUUGGAUGGUCGAUUGAACUAGUGUAGCGAAAAGCGGACUGUUGCGAGGAAAUCUGGAAUUUAUUGGCUCCUCGACAAACAUCACAAAAUGAUGGCUGAGACCGCACCGAACUGACAAAAUAAACCUUGGACUGUUUUUGCGAUGGACAAAAUUGUCGUAAAGAAAGUUGAAGAACGCAUCAAAAUAACAAUUUCCUUAUUCAAACCGGCAGUGGACGUUUUGAGUCAUGGCUAAAUAUUUCAGGGGUAACGCCCAAUAGCGUGUAAAAUUUUGCAUAUGUUAGCUUAGUAUUAAACUUUAAAUUCAGAAAUUAACUUUCAACGGCAGUGAGAAUAAUAUGUUUUUCGUGUUAAAGAUUCUUAGUAUACGUAAACGCAGAUUUUCCAGCACUGAGUCAUGAGAAAAUAUAUAAGCACUGAUCUAUUCAAUGACAGUUGUGCUCUGAAUACACGUACGCUUAGUAAAAUAAUCGUGGAUACGUCUAGCAUGUUGGUUAAAUGAUAUCAGCAUAACACAUUGACUAACCAUCAGAUAGCCUCUUAUAGGCGUUCAGUUAUCUGGGGCGCACCGCAUAAAAACGGCGGAGGGAAAUAAGGGAGAGAGAGGCUUGGGGUGAGGAAUAGCACCGGUAGGCUUCAUUUUUUGUUUUAGAAUCAUGGAAAGUGACUUUAUCAGACUUUGGCAUAAUAAAGACAACAGUAAAAUAAGUUUUUUUUCAGAAUGUUGUCCUAGUUUCGGACAUCCCAGGAGGGUCUAGAAAUACUCAAUCCUUUGAAUUUAUGCCGUAACUAUCCUCCACGUAAUCCUUCAAUGUUACAGCUGAGUCAUCUCAGCAGUACUUAAUUUAUCGAAUUGUACCACGUAAGAGAUCAAAGGCGUAUGCUCAGUUGCUAUGACAACAUGAAUGAUGACACAGUGACAAGACAGCAGGCCGGAGAAAACAUUUGCCGAAUCGAAAAAGACGUUAAGUGGACUAGAGCACUGUGAGUUGAGGUCAUACAGGUUCGAUUUCUACACAAGAAACUUACUGUGACUCCAUUUGUUAAAUUCUUUACACUCUAACGACAAAAUUUUCCAAGAAAUGUCAAGUAUUGAUGGUCCAAUUGUUUUUAUUGCAACUUGUUUUCAACAAUCCCUCGAAACCAACCCUACGUGGUCUCCCACGGUUUCCAGCGUCAGAGUGAGAUCUGGGUAGUAGAUUAACCAAGCUUUAUUACACAUACCAUCAUUUCGUGUCAGUGGUAAUAACAUUUGCGUUUCUCAGUAAUAUUUUUUAUACCUUAAUUAAUUCUCUUUUCAUAUAGUUGUUAAUGUAAACAUUAGUAAUUUAAAAAAAAACAAGUUGUACUUCUUUUGUCGAGCAUUAUCAAAACACGGUGGAUCAGUUUUGCCGUCAAAGAAAAAUUCAAAAUGAAUUCUAUACUUUUCGUCUUUGUAGUAUUGUGUAAAAUAUUUGUAUCUGAAACGAUUGCUUGGGAUGAAAACUCUUUAUCUCGUCCCGUAAUAACUCGUAAUCAUCGCCGGCUUAAAGGCUUCACCUUCAACACAUUUCACUCUGUCAGUCUGGUAUCUUGUGGCUUGAAGUGUCAAAGAAACCCUCGAUGCGUUUCAACAAAUUUCCGGAAAAGUUCCAAUUUGGACGAGACUGAGGGAGUUUGUGAACUAAACGACAGAGGAGUAGAGUCGCCUAUGGAAGGAAAAGAGCUACAAUAUGAUGAAGAAACAGUAUAUUCUCAAUUUUACGAUAUAAAGGUAAGAGAAUCACUUAUUUAGUUUGAGAAAAGACAAACAAC